AUGGCUGCUAGAAACCAUGCUGUACACAGGAAAAUAUCACAGCUGCAGAGUAAGAUUGAUGCACUUCAGAAUACCAACCAGAGCCUAGAGCAGCACAUUCUGCACCUAACAGAAAAUAAGGAGGCUGUGAGUAGUCAUGUGGAUAUUCUGACCAGGAAAAAUGAACAGCUAUGCAAAGAACUCACAGAGAUAGACAAGCUGGCAGGGCAGAUGGAGAAAGAGAAGGAGCAGGCUCUAGACGCUGCAGAGGAAGAUCUGUUGGAAACAAAGAAUGAAGUAAGAAGAAAACAAAAAUCCAUUGACAACUUAGAGUUUACAAUCAAAAAUCUAAAAUCAGAUGCUGACAUUGCUAAGGAACAUUCAGAAAAAGUUGAAGCUCAGCUCGAAGAAACAAAACAAGAGAACAAAGCUAUAAAUGGUCUAUUAGAUCAGCUGCAGGAGGACAACAGCAGAUUGAGCAAGAAAGUAGAAAAACUAGAGAAAACAGAAAAGAAAAUAAUUUUAGUAACAGAAAAGAGUAAAGCAACAUCUCCCUCUAAACUGGACUCAUUUGUUAAAAGCCUGGAGGAAGAAAGAGAUUACUACAAGAGCGAAACAGAGCAUUUGAGAAGAAUGCUUAGAGGUCGUAGUAUUAGUCCCAAACGCAGUCCCUCCUGGGUAAGCACAAACCUGUUAAAGCAUGAUUCUGAAAUCAAAAGGAGCAUUCGGGAACGAGAUGAGCUCCAGGACAUGCUAACAAAGUAUGAGCGACACAUGGCAGAAAUCCAGGCUAAUGUCAAAGUUCUGACAUCGGAGCGAGACAAGACCAAUGCACUUUAUGAGAGGGCACAACAAGAAAUUACACAGCUUCGAAGAGAGCUCAUGCGGUCCCCAAAGACAUCCAAAACCAGCUUAACAACUCAAACUAUUCUACGACAUGUGGAGAAUGAACGUGACAGUGCUAUUUCAGAUUUACGCCGAAUGACCACAGAGCGAGAUAGCCUAAGGGAGAGGAUGAAGAUUUCUCAGGAGACUGCUAUCAGUGAUAGAGCCUACUUAGAACAAAGAAUAGAGGAACUGGAAUCAACAAUUCAAAUAGUGGAAAGUGAACGUGUGGAGCAGAAGUCUAAGUUGGCUCUAAUGAAGGACACAUAUUCCACUGUGGAAAAUGAAAUGAAAAUACUUACUAGAAGAGCGGCAGAUUUGGAAAAUGAAGUGAGGCAGCAAAAAUCUGAGUAUGAUAGCUUGAGAUUUUUGAAUAACAAAACGGAGCACUCCUUAGAUGAGACUCAAAGACGACUCUCAAUGAAGCUGAAUGAGCUACAAAUUGUCCAAGACAAAAUAGUGCGACUUGAAGGAAAAAUUGAUGAACAAUCAAGCCAAAGUCUCACUCAACUAGAGGAAAUAUCAAUGCUCCAGAAUACAUUAUCUGAGCUGGACAAAGAGAAGGACAGUUUAAUACUCAGUGUGGAUCAAAAAACGGAAAAGAUUUCCUCACUUGAAGAUAAUAUUUCUCUAAAGGAAAGCACCAUACAACGUAUGCUCAGGGAAAUAGAAGAUUGUACACGGCAAUCUUCCAUAACUAUCAGCAGCUAUGAGCAGGAAAUCAGCUGCCUGCGCCGUCAGCUGGAUGAGAUCAGUGAUGAAUUGUCUCGCACUGGAAGGGAGAAGGAGACUGUUGUUCAGGAAAAUGGUGAUCUUCAUGACCAACUGUCCGAGAGCAAAGUGGAAAUACAGACAAUUACCCAUAAACUGAAAGACUCUCAAAAUGAACUUCAGGAUAUGAGGUUAAAACUGCAGGGAGCUAAAACAGAUAUUUCCCGACUUGAAAGUUCAGUGAAUUCCAAAGAAAAAGAAAGUAGAGACCUUCUUGAAAAUUUCCGUAAAUCCUCAUCACAGGCUGAGAUUUGGGAGAAUAAGUUUUACCAGCUUGAAAAGGAAUUUAAUUCUAUUAAAUUGGACCUUCUUGAUGCGGAAUCUGAGCGACGGAGAUUUAAAGAGAGAGUCGAUUCAUUAGAAUUGGAAGUUGAGCAGCAUAUUGCCUCUGAGCAGUCCUACAAAUCUCAAAUCAGCAACGUGACGAAAUCAACAACAAGGAUGGAGGAAGAGCUGCGACAGGUCAAAGCAGAAAAGUCUUCAGCCCUCAGUGACCUGGCCACCACACGGGAACUUUGUGUUAAAUUAGAUUCUGGGAAAGAGUUGAUAAAUCGCCAAUUCUAUGCCAGGACCCAAGAUGUGGAGAGGUUACAACAUGAAUUGGAUUCAUCUUGCUCUAAAACAGAACUCCUAAGAAAGCAACUUGCCAGUGAAAGAAUCACUGUUAAGAACUUGGAGGCUUUUCUGGUCUCCAACCAAGAGAAAGAAUUUCAGUUCCAAGUACGGGUCCAGGACCUGGAGUCAGAGCUGCAGCUGCUUGGAGAUAGGUUGAUGCUGGCAGAAAGUAAGCUAGGAACUUAUAACCGAGAAGCAGGACAACUGAAAAACAAGAUAGCUCAACAAGAAGCUGAUCUGGACAUCACCAGAAGACAGCUAACCACAGAACGCUUUGAAAGGCAACUUGCAGUCAAAGAGCUACGUCGUCAAAGCUUCCAGACAUCGUCAUCUUUUAGGCAGUCUCCAAGUCCUCCUAGGAUUUCACCUGAAAGGCCAUUCCGAUCUCCAGAGCGCCACUCUAGGUCUCCAGAUAAAACACUGGAUAGGUAAAUGUCAUCCUUAAG